GAGACCGAACAAAUCUGCUCAAGAAGAAAUCGCUAAUGGUUUGAAGUUGAAAAAAUCUGAAAGAGAAGAAAAGAAAACAGUCUCAAGAGCAGGAGAAAAAAGGAAGAAAACUAGAAAUAAAGAAGAUUUGGAACAAAAUAAAAGCA